AGUGCACGUGUUGAUCGAGUGUGAGUGCUAAUUCAAUGGAUCACGUGACCAGGGGAUACUUCACUGCCAACAGGCGUGUUGGGCUUCUGGCACCAUCUCUGGAAGAUGUGACAGCCUCGUUGUCGCCUGUCCACCUUGACCCGUGGUCAGCACGACCAGAUGUAGGUCACACGGGGGUCACAGGGUCUUAUCUAGACAUACGGAUAGAAGAGCGGCACCAGGUCAGGUCAGCCGUUAAACCAGGGGUUGUCGUCCAGGUUUGUGGGCCACCCAUGGUUGGCAAGGCAACCAUUGUACGACAGGUAAUUGAUGAGAUGAAGAAGGACAGCCCUGACUCCCAUAUACAGGCUCACACUUUUGAUUGCCAGCACCUGGGCACGGCACAAGACCUUCUCGUGACAGUUGUGAGACGGUUGUGUCCACAACAUGACCUGACCACAGCUACACAGGACCUCACGAUGACCAUGAUUGGCUCAGUUUUAAGACCAGAACAUCACCACAUUUUUCUAUUCACAAAAUGUGAAGGUUUUUUAGAUGGUCAACUCCCCCACUGUCUGAGUACAAUUCUUCACUUCUGUAACACCAAUCACGUUAAAGUUUCUAUUAUAUUCACGACGUGCCGGAAAUUUCCGGCAUCUAAAUUAAAAAUGAUGAGACUUGUAGAGGUUGGGAUGUUGACAGAUGUAUAUGACGUCACACUCCUGCUCCAGCAAUGUGCCCCUAGGGUAGAUGUGCAGCAAUAUGUCGGUCUGUGCCGGAAGUUGUUUUGUCUGCCUGGACCCAUCAUGCACUUCGCCAGAAAGUAUCUCUGUGACCUUGAAGAUUUGCCUAACCCCCAUGAACUUGAGUUGAAGGUCAGCAACGAUUCGAGAUUUUUAUCAGAGAUUUUCGAGCAGAGCGCAAGCCAUAUCGAGCGUUGGAUAAGUGACAAGGAUUUGAGAGUUUUAUAUUAUUUCUCUAUCACUUUUGGAGUCAUAUUUACUUUAGACCAGGUGCAAGAUGUGUAUACUGACCUGACCAGACAACGGGGAGAUGUGUCAUGGACUUGGUUUUUAAAGCGUCAUUUGAGGGAGAUUUAUUCCAUCUGGCCUGUCACUGACACACAAGGUUGCACUGUCACUGAGACAGAAAGAUUUUCAGUACAUCCCCUGAUGGUGUAUUACAGACAAACACGCAUGAUAAAAGAAUCUUUGGUUGUGUGGGACCAGUCUUACAACAGCCACACCCAGUUCUGUUGUCACGCGCUGAAGAGGGCAGAGGUUAACAUGAGGCUACACGAGAGGAGGGGGGAGGUGUACGGGUGUCUGGCACCACUCUGGCCUCGGGUCAAGCUCUCGCUAGAGAUGGCGGCCCACUGCCAGGAGGGGACCUUUGAUGCUUUCUACAAGGUCGGUGUCCAUGCUCGAAGAUUUAUUAUCCUCAACUUUCCAAACGAGUCCAGACAAUUUUUUAAAUGUCUGUGGGAGACUGCGUCAAAGUACGGCACAGUUCAACAGGCUGCUGUCAUGGAGGCUUUCUUAGGUCAUAACACUGCCAUUGGUCAAGGCUCAGACUUCCAGCAAGCCAUGUAUCACUUAGAUAAAGCCAUUGAAACACUUCGAGUAGACGGUCCUGUCUAUAUGUUGAAAUGGGCCGUUCGGAGAAAAGCCAUCAUCCUAUUUAGACAGAGCCACUAUAAUGAAUCAUGGGAGUGCUUCCAACAAGCAAACCACGUGACACAAAGUGCCACGGAAGAGGAAGUGGACGAGGUCCUGAGGUUCUCGGAGCUGGAGAUUCUGGAGGAGGAACUGACCGCCAGGAUCUACGAGGUCAUCCCACUCAUCUUUAGAGGGCAGCCUGGCGACCUUGAAAGAGCGCUCCAACAGCAGCUUGAGACCUUGGACGUUGUCCGUGACCUUUGCCCCAACCACCCCGAGUUGCCGGUCCUGCUGAAUAACCUUGGCCUGAUUUUACAGAGAGGUUAUAAUGAUCUGCCACGGGCCCUAGGAUGGUUUACUCAGUCGUACAACGAGCGACGCCUCUUUGAGAGAAUAGCGCCCUCUAACGUCUGUGUCACCCUCAAAAACAUGACCGGCAUCUGUUUCCAACUGGGAGAUCUGGGUAAAGCAUACAGCUACUGCCGGCGGGCGUUGGAGGCCCACACAAAGUACGUCUGGUGUAGCAGCGAUACAGCCUUGAGUUUGUCACAAUACAGCGAGGUCCUUUUCAACAUGGAAAACGUCACUAAAGCUUUGACCACCGCUAUCUCUGCCGCUGAUAUGUUUAAAGAGACGAAUCCGAAGCACAACUAUCGACUACGUAUUUCUCUAAACAUCCUACAUUACAAAAUUGUGGAAGCUUACCUUAAAAAACAUUCAAGAGCAGUUGACCGCAUACUUCUUAAAGCAGCAGACAUUUUGCCGCCUCAGACAACACAGCAGACAAUCCCUGAAGAAGCAGACAUGGUGCCGCCUCAGCAGACAUUCCCUAAAGAAGCAGACAUGGUGCCGCCUCAGCAGACAUUCCCUGAAGAAGCAGACAUGGUGCCGCCUCAGCAGACAUUCCCUGAAGAAGCAGACAAUGUGCCGCCCCUACUCACGUCCUGCUCUGAUUGUCUGAGCUCCACUCUACAGCUCGGCAAGACGAUGCUGGCCAGCUUAAACAGUGAAGGUCACCACUACAUGCUGAGUGUGUAUGAGCACGCCAUGAUGCUCACCUGGCUAAACACGGACCAGUUGACCUACUACAAGACUCAGAUGCUCAACUACGUCCAAGAAAAUACGGGCCUGAAAAAUUUACUUCAAGGGAGAGAACCAGAUGAGACUAGUGACGAUUUAGCUUUUCAACACAGGGGCCUUUACAGUUAUAUCAGAGAAACGAGCAAUGAAAAUUUACGUUUUGAAACAUUUGUAGAUUUUGUAUCUAGGUCUUGUCAGACAUGUCAGUACACAUGUAAGUAUUAUGGUGAGAGCUUGUGGGAAAUGUUUCGACACAUGAAUGAUGUUGUACCUUAUGACAUUCGAACUCUGGAGUUUAGUGGAUUCUCAUCGCUUAGUUCUACAGCUUCAGACACUGAAGACAUACAAACAUAUGGGUUUGACCCUCAGUCACAUGGGUCUGACCAGCAGUCACAUGGGUCUGACCAGCAGUCCCACGGGUCUGACCAACUGUCCCACGGGUCUGACCAACUGUCACACGGGUCUGACCAACUGUCCCACGGGUCUGACCAACAGUCCCACGGGUCUGACCAACAGUCCCACGGGUCCUACGACCAUCUACCUGAUCUGGCUGCGGGGUCUGGUGAAUCAGCGCCCCAGUCUCUCGAAUCGUCUCUACCAAUAAACUUACAGGAUCUGAGAUUGUCAAGCAACGAACUAUUUUCCGUAGUAAAUCUGCAGGAUUCCGGGGGUCGGAGUUCAAACUCCAACCAAAACACGGCCUGCAAAUUCUCAAGUGUUGAAACUGGACACAACUUAGCUCCCUCGCCCUUUUUAACUGGCUCGUGGACAGUUCUAGAAACAAACAGUCCUGUUGUUGAUUUACCAAGCGCUGAAGUAACGAGAGAACGUCGUCAUUUCUCGGCCCAAUCUUCUGAAGGCAGCAACCCAUUCUACGACACAGUUCCGUCUGGUGCUGAUGUUCCUAAUGAGAUCGUCAGACACCAGGCCGCUAUCAGAUCCACAGACUCGCCUUGUGGGGUGCUGGUGGAGGUCGACGAUCGCCAUGGUGACAGGGACGACAUCAUCAGGCAGGUUGGUUUAGAUCAACCUCAACAGGACGGUCGGAAUGUUGGCGUACAACCCUUGGACAGCAACCCGUGGACAACAACCCAUUGA